GUUUCCGUCAGUGUCCAUGCCUCUGCGCCAUACAGCAAGACUGGAAAUAAAUAGCAAUUUUGCAGCCAUAUUUUUAGUAGGAGAGAUAUGUCGGAUCGGGUGAAUAUAUUAUUAAUGUUGUUAAAUGUUGCUCUGGCAUUUCAAUUCUAGAUCGUAUUUCGGUUGUUUGAUCCCAUUUGGAGUUGACGACUGUUCCAAGGUAUAUAUACGAGUCAACGUGUUUAAUUAGUUGGUUUUUUAUUUUUAAUUGUCUGGCAGGUUUUUGAAUUUGGCUGACCAGCAUCCAUUUUGUUUUAUUUAUGUUGAGGUUAAGUCCUCUUUCUUCACUCGUUCUUUGUACCAUCUCCAUUAAGAUACUGUGAAAAACAACACUUGUCCAAAAAUUAAAAUUUUGGCAAAUCAAGAAAAACUUCGCAGACAUCUGUUGUUUUCUAUAGAAACAUCCAAAUGUUCUAUGUAGUUUACUCCGGACAUCAUAGAUUUUUACAAAACUAAAUGUGUCGGAUGGAUAAAGAAACUACUAUUCUAUGAGAAGAAUACAUAAAAUCGAAUUUUCUUAAAAUGGACAUGUAUUGUUUUUCAAAUAAACGCUUCAAUUUUAAAAAUGUUUAUUCUGAUACUGAUUUAUUAAAUUGAUUAUUUUUUUCACCCGUCAAAUUCUGACGUUUUUGCUUUUUCAGCCAAUCACCACGCGUCUUUCUAGCCAAUCAUUGAGUGUAAUACUGAUAAAACAGCCUCUUCCUUGAUAAAACAGUCUCGUCCCUGAUAAAACUUAAGGUACCCUAAAUUUCACAUAAUACGUACAUACCUUAAUUACGAACGACAUUGGAAAAUCUCAUAUUAGUUAUAAAAAUUGUGUUUUUAAUAAUUGUUCAUUUUCGAUUUAAACAGUUUUUUAUGUAUUAACAAUAUAAUAAAUAAAUUGGUUCAUUUUUAAAUCAUAAAAUAAUUUAUCUAUAACCUACUUAAGACAUUGAUCCUAGUUGUCUUAAAAAUAUUUCACAGAUGCCCGUAUUUACUAAUAAUACAUAUUGGUUCACAAAAUAAUCUUUUCAAAUACCACUUGUCCUCUAAAUUUUGCUUGAUAAAUUUUUUCGUUUUCAUACUUAAACUUCUUUAUUUAGGGUAAAAUCACUCAAACAAACCGAAUAAAGAAAUUCGGUUUGUUUUCGUAAUUUUACCAAAUAAAGAAGUUUUCGUGAAAACAAAAAAAUUUAUCGAUAAAAUUUAGAGGACUCGUGGUAUUACCUUUGAUAAACAUAAUUUCAUUUAUAACUGUUUAACAGUUAGUUUCAACGUUAACAAAAAUAAGCAGAAUAAUUCAAUUUGGACGUUACAAAUUUGUAUAGUUACGAACUGUCGCCGUUAUGAAGUGUCGCCGAUACGAACUGUCGCUAUUACGAAUUGUCCGUUACCAUUUGUCCGGUUACGAACUGUCGCGUUACGAGAUGUCAUGGAACCGAAGAAAACACAAAGACGGAACGAGAAACAAAACAGGCACAGUACAGGGACAUGAACAGAUCUAAAGAUAAUAACACAAACGGAAGGAAAAACAAAGUACAAGUUAAGCACAGAAAAAAACAAAACAAUUCUGAAAAUGGCAUCAUGGAAAGUAAGAGGUAUAAAUGGAAAGGCAAUAGAACUGCGGGAAGAAACUAGAAAUAAGAACAUUGAAACAGUAGCUUUAACAGAGACAAAGAAGGAAGGAAGAGGAUCAAUAAUAUUAGAAAAAGGAAUGUUACUAAUAUACAGUAAAGUGGUAGAAACGAAGAGAGCUCAGGCAAGAGUAGCGUGCAUAAUAAAGAUGAAUAUUAUCAACAAAGUAAAAAAUUGGAUACAUUACAACGAACAUAUACUAAGAGUAGACGUAGAUAUGGAUAUAGAGGAAACCAAUACAAAACUAAUCAUAUGCUAUGGACCAGAUGAAGACGAAACAAAAAACGAAAAUAAUGAGUUCUGGGAUAAGUUCCCAGAAGUGAUAAAUAUUUGUACCUACAGAGAAAAUUAUGAUCACCGGAGACAUGAACAGUAGAGUGGGAAAAGAAGCAGAAAAAGGGAACAAUGUCAUUGGACCUUAUGGGGAAGAAAAAAUAAACAAAACUGGAAAUUACCACUCAAAUUCUGUCUAGGUCUAGACAAUAACCUGGUGAUUAUGAACACACACUUCCGGCAUAAAAGUAUACACAAGAUCACAAGAGAAGUCAAAUCAAGAGAAGAACAAUCAAUUAUGGACUAUACUAUAGUGCAAAAAGCAGAAGAACUGGAUAAGAGACGUAAGGGUGAAAAGGUGUUAUGAAAUUGGCAGUGACCACUAUAUACUGGAAACCACAUUCAAAAGCAAAAGAAAAGAAAUAAAAAGGAAUGAGAGCAUAAACAGAAAACACAAAGAAAUAAUAAAAAAAUUAUAAACUAAGGGAAGAAUCAACGAAUCAACGAAAAUAAUAUACACAGAGGAGCUAGAGAAAGAGAUGGAAAAUGAACACGAAACAACAGAAAUAAUAGAAGAAGAAUGGGAAAGAUUUAAAAAUGCGAUGAUAAAAUCAGCUAAUGCAAUAUGUGGGACUACAAGAAACAAUAACAGAGAGAAACGAACAUCUUGGUGGAAUGAUGAAGUGAAAAGAUAAAUAAAAGAAAA